AUGGAGGAUUUCCGCUUCACCUGCGCGACUAGUGCGGACAUGCGGAAGCUGGUGUCGCUCAUAGAUACCGACAAAGACAACAUACUGUCGGAGCAAGACCUGAAAAAAUGGCUACUUACAAGAAGGGAAAAAAAAAAUAGCAUGUUUAUCUGGAAAGCGUUGCGGUUUCAGCUAUUAAGAUUUUAUUCGCGAAGAUACAGAUUCAUACAGAAACUGAUCUAUCGUUUCCUUCGUUGUUGCGCUGACCACCGCUAUCCGAUCGGCGUCACGCAACUCGCAUUGCACUUGCUGUAUAAUACUUCUAUGCGAUCAAUUUGGUGAAGAAGAGUUGCUUUAUCAUCAUGAAAGAACUAGGAUUUCACGUUCAACGCCAGAAUCUUUACUGAUUCUAUAAUAUUGCUUCGUGUAGUUAGUAGUAUAAAAGCUGAAGUGCGUUUGUUUUCCAAUCAGUAUGGGGACUUGGAAACCAAAGUGAUUCCUUUGUAAUCAAAGUUCACGAACUAGAAAAACAUAAGAAUCAUGUCGUAUCGAAACAGCGAUACACAUUUAUUUUCACAAGCGCGGUGAGUGUUAUUAUUACGAGUAGAAAAUAGAUUACAGGUUUGCUAGAUGUAGCGUCGUCGGGGAGAAGAUUGUCUCAUAAACAUACAUCAAAGACGAGUUCAAGUUGAAGUUAUCAUAAUUGGAACAUUUCAAAAAUUGUAUAAUUCAACUAACAAUGCGAACUUUUAUCUUUCAAGAGAAAUUUAUUAUCUCCUACCUUCUCGUUCUCCACGCGGACAAGAACCCGCAUCAUCCAUAC